UCACUCGUCCUGAUCGCAGUCUGCGUCGCCGCCGCCACGGAGGCCAAGACGACGAAGAAACCAGAAACUCUUGCUCCUAGGCCAACAGCCAAGCCCAAACCGACUGCUCUUCCGAAGCCCACCAGGUUGCCAGUGACUCGUAAGCCAUUGACUCGCAAACCAGAGCUUCUUGAUGAGCCUGAGCUUCGUCGUAAGGGUACCCGUCGUCCGGGGACCGGCAAACCCCAUCAUCCAUCCCAUCGACCAAGGACUGGACGACCCAUCCUUCACGUAGGCCAAGGAAGUAGAAGAGACCUAAACAAGACCAAGGCCCCAAAGACCCCUAAGCCUACAAAGGCCCAAAGCCCUAAGCCUACCAAGGCCCCAAAGACGCCUAAACCAGCUAAUAGCCCUUAA